AUGAGCUUAACAUCCUGGUUUUUGGUGAGCAGUGGAGGCACCCGCCAUAGGCUGCCACGAGAAAUGAUUUUUGUUGGAAGAGAUGACUGUGAGCUGAUGUUACAGUCACGAAGUGUGGACAAGCAACAUGCUGUACUUAACUAUGAUGCCUCUACGGAUGAACACUUGGUGAAGGAUCUGGGCAGCUUGAAUGGGACAUUCGUGAAUGAUGUGAGGAUUCCAGAACAGACAUACAUCACUCUGAAGUUAGAAGAUAAAUUGAGAUUUGGCUAUGAUACUAAUCUUUUUACUGUUGUCAGGGGAGAGAUGAGAGUCCCUGAAGAAGCACUUAAGCAUGAAAAAUUCACAAGCCAACUCCAAUUAUCCCAAAAAUCUUCAGAGGCAGAAGGGUCGAAGCAAACCAGCUCCAAAAGCUCAGAGUCCAAGGUAGCAGACUCCACAGCUGAAGUUCACCACAAAACUACAGAAGCACUGAAAUCUGAAGAAAAAUCAAUGGAUCUUUCUGCCAUGCCUCGUGGGACACCUUUGUAUGGACAGCCAGCCUGGUGGGGUGAUGAUGAAGCUGAUGAAAAAAGCGGAUGUAAGCCAGAUAGCAAGCAGGAAGAAAAAAUUAAUGAGACGGGGGCUUCAGGAUGCAGUACAGAUGCCAAGCAAGCUGAGGAGCAAUCUGCAGCUGCAAGUGAAGAACUUUAUCCUUUCUGUAGGGAGCCAAGUUAUUUUGAAAUCCCUACAAAAGAAUUUCAGCAACCUUCGCAGGUAGCAGAGAGCACUAUUCAUGAAAUUCCAACAAAAGACACCCAAAGCUCCCAUGCAGCAGGUGCAGGGCAUGCUUCCUUUACCAUUGAAUUUGAUGACAAUACUCCAGGAAAAGUAACAAUCAAAGAUCACGUGACAAAAUUCACAGCGGAACAGCGUCACAAGUCAAAAAAGCCUUCUUCCUCCAGUGGUCAGGACCUGCCUGGGCUUCAAACGGUGAUGAUGGCUGCAGAGAGCAAAGUAGCAGAUUGGCUAGCACAGAACAAUCCUCCUAGAAUGAUAUGGGAACCAACAGAGGAGGAUUCCAAAAGUAUUAAGAGUGAUGUUCCAGUGUACUUGAAGAGACUGAAAGGGAAUAAGCAUGAUGAUGGUACGCAAAGUGAUUCAGAAAAUGCUGGUGCACACCGGCAUUACAGUAAGCGGGCAGCACUUGAAGAACACUUAAGGCAUCAUCAUACAGAGCUGAAAAAGUCACACCAGAAAGUCCAUUCCAUGGAAAAGCAGCAAGAGCAAGCCGGUUUGACCAGCUCAUCGCAUCACAGAGCAGUACAUGGUGUUCAUGCAAAACUUCUAAAACAAAAAUCAGAAGAACCCUCUGCUGCAUUACCUGUCUUACAGGCUGCAUUGUUAAGGAGUUCGGGAAGCCUUGGCCAUAGGCCUAGUCAGAACCAGGACAUGGACAAAAAGUUGAAAAGCCAACAUAUUUCUGCUGCUACUGAAAAGGACAAUGAGGAUGACCAGAGUGACAAAGGUACUUACACUAUUGAGUUGGAAAAUCCCAAUUCUGAAGAAAUGGAAGCCCGUAAAAUGAUUGACAAGGUAUUUGGAGUGGAUGACAGCCAGGAUUAUAAUAGGCCUGUUAUCAACGAGAACCAGAAAGAUUUAGUAAAAGAUUGGGCUAUAAAUUCUGCUACAGUAGUGCUGGAAGAAAAAAGACCACUGAGUACAACUGGAUUUCUUGCCACAGAGGAAAGUUCUACUGCCCCUGGAGGUAAACGUUGGGUAUCACAGUGGGCCAGUUUGGCUGCUAAUCACACACGCCAUGACCAAGAUGACAUCAGAUUGGAGUCAUCUGUGCCUGCUCCAUUAGAAAACGACACAGACAUCAGCGAGUCUGGUAUUUCCGUUCGAAGCACUGGUUCAGCUGCUUCAGUGACCAGCCAAGGUGAGCGAAAGAGGAGGACACUUCCACAGCUUCCCAAAGAGGAGAAAGUGAAUGAAAGCUCAAAAGCAAAAAGUACAUCUCAUCAGAGAUCAGAAAUAGGUGAAAAGCAAGACACUGAACUUCAGGAGAAAGAAACUCCAGGUCGUGCGUCAGAUGCUGACAGCAGAACUAUAGCCAAGUCAAGCAGAACAAUGAAUGGUCUUUCACCCAAAGCUACUGGAGACAAAGUUUUUUCUUUUCCCAACUCUUCCAGUAAAGAGAGAGUUGAAACUGGCAGAGAAACUUCUGUGGUGAAACAAGCUUUAGCAAAAAUUCAGCAACAAGAAAGAAAGGAACAAGGACACUGGGCACCCGCAAAACUAUCCUCUACAAAAUCUGCUACAAACCAGGUUGAGAAAGGCAGGGAGGAGAUUGCUAUGUCACCCAAAACUUCAGAUAAUCAGGACAAAGCUCCUGGAUAUGCUCCCGAUAAAGCAGAAAUGAAGUUGGCACAGAGUGAGGGAAAAAGAAGAAAAAAUGAGGAAACUAUUAAAGGACAAAGUCCCAAAGCACCUGGAGGAGAAAAAAAGGAAUCUUCCAAACCGUUAGUGAGGCAAGGUAGUUUUACUAUAGAUAAGCCUAGCACAAAUAUACCCAUAGAACUUAUUCCUCACAUUAAUAAGCAAACUGGAUCUGCUGCCCCUUUAGCAUCUGCAAACAGGUUACGUGACAGAAGUGAUUCAAUGGACACUGAUUCCAGUCUAGAUACAACACUCAUUUUAAAAGACACAGAAGCUGUAAUGGCUUUCCUUGAAGCUAAAUUGCGUGAAGAAAAUAAAACUGAUGAAGGUCCUGAUACUCCUAGCUAUAACAGAGAUAAUUCCAUAUCACCAGAAUCAGAUGUAGAUACAGCCAGCACAAUCAGUCUCGUUACUGGUGACACUGAAAGAAAAUCCACACAGAAGCGGAAGAGUUUUACAACCUUAUAUAAAGAUAGAUGUUCCUCUGGUUCCCCUUCAAAAGAUGUUUUAAAAUCUUCUGCAACAAGUGCCAGAGAAAAGAUGGAAAAGAAAACUAAAAGUCGAUCUUCAGAUGGUGGGUCUAGAGCUGAUGCUCGCAAAACUGUGCAAUCCAGUGGAAGAAUGAGACAACCAUCGGUGGAUUUGACAGAUGAUGACCAAACAUCUAGCGUACCUCAUUCUGCCAUUUCUGAUAUCUUAUCAUCUGACCAGGAAACCUACUCUGGCAAAUCACAUGGAAGAGUUCCUUUUGCCUCAGCAGAUGAACUUUUACAUUCCAAAAUGGAAGGAAAGUCAUCUAAAUCAAAAACCUCUCCUGUUGCACUUGGGCAAUCUAGUAAAUCUACCACUCUUCCAAGACCUCGUCCUACAAGGACUUCUCUCUUGCGCAGAGCACGGCUUGGUGAAGCCUCAGAUAGCGAGCUUGCUGAUGCCGAUAAGGCUUCAGUGGCUUCCGAAGUGUCCACUACAAGUUCUACGUCAAAACCUCCAUCAGGGAGGAGAAGUAUUUCCAGAAUAGACUUACUUGCCCAACCUCGCAGAACUCGACUUGGCUCUUUAUCAGCACGUAGUGAUUCUGAAGCAACAAUAACUAGAAGCACUGCCUCAUCUCGUACUCCAGAAGCUAUUAUCAGAAGUGGUGCAAGGUUAACGUCAGCAGGAGACAGUAGUAAAGUUUCUGCUAGAACUCGAGCCAAUAGCAUUUCCCGACUUUCAGAUUCAAAAUCCAAAUCUUUGGCUUCAGCUCAUAAUUCUCCCUCAGUUAGUGCAAGAUGGAGGCGCUUUCCUACAGAUUAUGCUUCCACCUCAGAAGAUGAAUUCGGAUCAAACCGUAAUUCCCCUAAACAUACCCGUCUACGUACCUCUCCAGCCCUGAAAACCACGCGACUGCAGAGCACUGGGACAGCAGCUCAAAGUAGCAAUACAUUCAAACACAGAAUAAAGGAACAGGAAGACUACAUUCGUGACUGGACUGCUCACCGAGAAGAAAUAGCAAGGAUCAGUCAAGAUCUGGCUCUCAUCGCACGGGAAAUCAACGAUGUAGCAGGAGAGAUAGAUUCAGUGACUUCAUCAGGCACUGCCCCCAGUACCACAGUAAGCACUGCUGCCACCACCCCUGGCUCUGCCAUAGACACUAGAGAAGAGUUGGUUGACCGAGUAUUUGAUGAAAGUCUCAAUUUUAGAAAAAUCCCUCCAGUAGUGCAUGCCAAACCACCGGAGGGAAAUGGUCGGCCUAAUGAUGCUAGACCUCAGCUAACAGAAGCCCUCGAUCCCCCAACCAUUACCCGGAGAAGGACUUGGAGCAGAGAUGAAGUUAUGGGGGACAGUUUGCUGUUGUCCUCAGUCUUCCAAUUUUCUCGCAAGAUAAGACAAUCCAUAGACAAAACAGCUGGCAAAAUCAGAAUAUUAUUUAAGGACAAAGACAGAAAUUGGGAAGAAAUUGAAAACAAGUUGCGAGCUGAAAGUGAAGUUCCUAUUGUGAAAACAUCAAGCAUGGAAAUAUCGUCAAUAUUACAGGAAUUGAAACGAGUUGAGAAACAGCUGCAAGCAAUUAAUGCUAUGAUCGACCCCGAUGGUACCCUGGAUGCUCUGAGCAACUUGGGAUUCGUCAGCCCCAUCUUACCAGCUCAGCCGAAGCCGAAACCCAGUCCCGUUUCCCAAAGUACCCGCCCUCAAGUGCAGCCAAACUGCCAGCCCGAAGCUCGGGCUCUUCGACCCGCCGCUGUCCCUGUUGCACCUGAAUUUGAGAAUGCUGAAUCCGAGUCGGACUUCAGCAUACAUUUCAAUAGGUUUAACCCAGAUGGGGAAGAGGAAGAUGCCACACUGCGUGAGUGACAUCUCAGUGUUGAUACAAAAACCUUUCAUGUGGAAUGUUUAGGAAUAAAGGAAAAAUUAUAAUAUUGGUUUUAUAAUU